AUGAUGCAUGUAACACAAACUAUCAACGAAAAGGCCACGGAGUCAUCAUAUUUAGUUAGCUAUCGUAUUGCAAAAGCAGGUGAAGCGCACACUAUCGCUGAGAAUUUAAUAAAGCCAUGUGUGUUAGACAUAACAAAAUGUAUGCUCGAUGAAAAAUGUGCAAAGCAUCUUUCUACUGUACCGCUAUCAAACGAUACUGUUUCACGGCGAAUCCAUGAUCUGGCAAGCUACGUCAAACAAGAACUAGUUGCACGUCUACAAAAAACACGAUUCGCCUUGCAAAUGGAUGAGUCAACUGAUGUCAAUGGUCUGGCAAUCUUGCUGGUUAUCGUGAUAUAUCCAUAUGAACGUUCUUUUUAA